CCCAAAUCAUUCGAAUCUAUUUUUUAGAUCUCACCUGUCUGCAGGUUGUCGAAAUGCCGCUAUUUGACCCUUCGACAACAAAGCAUUUGAAACCAUGGCUAAUCAAGUCCCUAGAGCCAAUUUGCGAUGCAGACCCCGAAGUGCUUAGUGAUUAUAUCCUUGCCCUACUCAAGCAUGAUGCCCCAGAAAAGGAGCUCAGGGCUACAUUUGUUGCUCAGCUGCGCGAUUUCUUAGAAGAUGAAGCCGAGAGUUUCGUAGAAAAAUUAUUCCAAGUCCUUCGAACACGUUCGUAUAUCCCCUAUGAUGAUGGUCAGCCACCGCCGUCAUCCCAUCUUGCUUCACAAUCGAAUGGAAUCCACAUUCCCCUUGAUGCGUUGGUUACGGCUCCAACAGGACCUAGAGGACAAAAGCGGACGGCAGAUUUUGAUGAACCGAGACAUCCGCCAAAAGGCCCCCGACUGGGCGAGGGGACCCGGUAUGUUGGACGUGGAGGUGGUUCGCUGAGAGGGGGACCACGAGAUGCCCGGGGAAGACAUUCAAGUCCGGGCCGGACAAAAGGUCCAGUCAAGGAGAGAUGCCGGGACUACUACAACAAAGGGUAUUGCACAUUAGGGGCUAUGUGCCCGUUUGAUCAUGGCGAUGAAGCCAUGGUGCCUCCAGUGCCGUUCGUUCCUCCUGGUUUUAACCCCAUGCAAAUGAUGGGGAUGAUGCAGCAAGGCUUUCAGAUGCCCUGGAUGUCUGCCCCAAACGUAGGGGGGCAAUAUGACCCCAAUCAUGCCUCGAUGGACAUAUCGCGACCGCCCCCGUACAUGAACGGGCGCCGAUCCAGUAAAAUUGGCACUCCUUCUGAUGCCGUGGAGCUAUCUAUAGAUACAGCUGGGGACGGGCGUCACUCGAUGGACGUGACACCAUCAGAUCCAGGUGGACGUAGGCCGAACACGAAUGGUUCUGAUCUCGGGAGAGGUGGUCGUGGCAGGGGUAGGAUUGAACGAGGAGGUGCGCCACCACAGCCCGGAGUAUUCCCAGAUGCAGAAAACACCACUUUCGAAAGUUCUGCACCACCCUUGUCCAAAAAUGAGAACAAAACAUUGGUCGUGGAGAAAAUACCACCAGAUCAUCUCUCACUGGAUGGAGUGAAUGGAUGGUUCAAAAAAUUUGGUACCGUCACGAAUGUCGCUAUUGACAAGCCCUCCGCGAAGGCUUUGGUCUCCUUCCAAAAUCACCUAGAUGCAUACAAAGCCUGGAAGAGCGAAGAAGCCGUCUUCGGUAACCGCUUUGUGAAAGUGUUCUGGCACCGUCCUCUUGCGGGUCAUGGCACAGCUGGAACCAAACUACUUGCUGCUUCCGCCCCUGUUAUUCAAGGCCUCGGAAAAAAGCCUCCCCACCCUCCCCCGACGCAAACGACGCAAACGACGCCACCCACAUCGAGCCACCUCCCUCAACACCUUGCAAAAUCCCAUGAACUGGAGCGCCUCAUAUCCGAACAGAAGUCGCUCAUGGACAGCAUAGGAUCAGCGCCUCAAGAGAAAAGAAAGGGAAUAAUGGCUACACUUCGUGAGGUAGAUGAAAAGAUGAAGGAACUUGCCUCCAGCAAACCGACACCAAUCCCCCCGGUUCCUGACAGCGAGUCAAAACUAAAGGAGAAACUAGACCGCGAACUGGACCUCGUGAAGAAUGGCUCGGGACCCUCGGAUACCACAAUCGAAGGGACGGGAGGGGACCAAAGUGACUUGAUGGCCCAGCUUGCCGAGCUUCGGAAGGAGGCAGCCGAAGUUGGCGUGUCAGCCAAGGAGAUCCAAGGAGUGCCACCGCCACGUGGGCGAGGCUUUGUGACAAGAGGGAGGGGUCGGGGUCGUGGAUACGUCGCCCCGCGUGGACGCGGCGGGACACUUAACAAGAAUAUAUCAUUAGACAACCGCACCCGAAGGCUUGUUGUGAAAGGACUCAAUGCGGAUGAUGAUCAUGCUCUUGCGAAACUUGAGGAAUGGUAUAAGUCUGUUGGAGGGGAUCUAGAAUCUUUCCAAGUGGUUAGUUCGGAUGAGGUCCAAGUACAAUUUAAAACCCGAGCCCUUGCCGAGCAGGCCUUAGGAAAAGGAACGACUGUUCCCGAUAUUGGUACAGUACAAGUUUCAUGGCAUCAUACCUCUCGGUCAACUCCUGCGCCACCCGUUCCCUCGACUGGGAUUCCUGCACUGCUCAAUCUCUCGAAAUCGGACCCUGAGCUCAUUAUUACCCCCGCUGAAGAAGAUAUCGAAAGUGCAAAAACUGUAAUACCUGAACCGCACGACGUUGACCAUUUCGAUGAUGGGUGGGGAGCAGAUCAAUUUAAUGAUUAGCAUCGUGAUUUGUAGUUUCAUUAUGUAUUAUUUGAUGGACACAAGCUCACAUUCCAAGCAACAUAUCCAGUUGACAUUCUAGUGCCCCUUGCUGCUGAAUUGCUGAAGUCCAGGGAGCGAAAACAUCUACAAGUAACAUAACAGGUUCAAUUCAUCAUCCUGGCAUAUUAUAUUUCUGUACCUCGUAUAUGGCUUCAGCUGGGGUGCCAAACCCCCUCUGACCCUCGAUUCUGUUGACCAUG